AUGGGAGCUCUUGGAAAUCGGCGAUACACUUGCCUUGAUCACAACACUGAUGCGCUCCGUUCUAAUAGUAGCAUCCACUGUCCUAAUGUUCGGUGCAGAGUGCAAAUUGCAUGGUUCAAAGAUUAUGUUCGGCCGAGUCAAUCAGAAGAACUAGGGCUCUUUAAUUGGGUGUUUAAUGUUCGUGUACAAAACAAUGUGAUUUAUAGUCAAACAGAAUGUAUAACUAGCACAGCCAAAACUUACUGUAGCAAAUGUGAAAAGAUGAUCGGGUGGAUGAUUACUGGAGUCCCCCGAGAGAACAUGUUUAUUAAAGAAGGAAGAUUCUGUAUGAGAUUGGACAAGCUUACUUAUUCGAAUCAUCUACCGUUGGUUCGUUUAAUUCCUGAGAACCAAUUUUUCCAAGCUAAUGAGGAAAUUGCAGAUCAAGAUGGAGGCUCAGAUGAAGACUAUGAUGACAAUAUUCCUGAUUACAUGAUGCAUCUCUUCAAGCUAAAUGAUUAUCUAGGUACUGACCAUACUGUUGAUCAAGUUGUAGGAGAUGGUAAUGAUCAAAAUGCGCUUCCUCCUAAUGGUACCAUCCACUGCCUUACUUUUGGGUGCAGAAUGAAAGUUGCAUCCUCCAACGAUUAUAUUCUGAUGUCUCGAUCAAGAGGAAUAGGGCUCUUUAAUUCGGUGAUUAAUGUUGAUGUACCAGACAAUGUGAGUAAUCAUCUUGGAACUACCGUAGUCAACAUUUACUGUAGCCAAUGUCAUAAGAUGAUCGGGUGGAAAAUUAUUGCAGUCACCCAACCGUCCAAGUAUAUUACAGAAGGGAGAUUCUGCAUGAGAUUGGACAAGCUUGGUUUUUCAGAUGAUGAACAGUUGAUUCGUCCAAUCGAGGAAGAAAAUGUCCGUGUUAAUGAGGAAAAUACAGAUCAAUAUGGAGACGCAACUGAGGGAUAUGGAGACUCUACUGAAGAAGAAAUGAGAGCUAAUAUUGAGCAAAAUAAAAAUAUUUCAAAUUACUUGAUGCAUCUCCUCCGUCGUGAACAAGGUGGAGGUGGUAAUGAACAGAAUCAUGAUCAAAAUGUUGAUCAAGGUGGAGGCGCUAAUGAGCAAAAUGUUGAUCAAGGUGGAGGCGCUAAUGAGCAAAAUGUUGAUCAAGGUGGAGGCGCUAAUGAGCAAAAUGUUGAUCAACAUGGAGGCAGUAAUGAGCUAAAUGUUGGUCAAGAUGGAGGCGGUAAUGAGCAAAAUGCUGAUCAACAUGGAGGUGGUAAUAAGCAAAAUGUUGGUCAAGAUGGAGGCAGUAAUGAGAAAAAUGCUGAUGAACAUGGAGGCAGUAAUGAGCUGAAUGUUGGUCAAGAUGGAGGCGCUAAUGAGCAAAAUGCUGAUCAACAUGGAGGCAGUAAUGAGCAAAUUGUUGGUCAAGAUGGAGGCUCGCCAAUGAAACGACCGAAGAUAUAG